CGAGAGCGCUCUGCAGGGUCCAAGCAAGUCGACGACGCAAGGGCAUGAGCGAGGCACAUCGUCCUGCUGUCUUACCGUAACGACUGUCGAUCGCUCGAUCGAUCGCAAGGGCAAGCCGAAAGGGAGCAAAAGGACAUGCUGGGAUUACGGCGCGCUCCUUGUAUCCUGACCUCUGUACCUAGCCGUCUCAGCGGUACCUCCCAAGGACGCAUACACGCACCCCUCGCUCUCUUCUCACCUCGUCGCUCCUUUCACUCCUACGUACCCCUACUCCAGAUACAACGUCAGCACCACCGCCACCACUGCCGCCCCUCCACAUCGCCCAGCAUGGUCCUCGCCGCCGUCACACAGCUCACUUCGGGACCCAAUCCCCUCGAGAAUGCAGAUACUGCCGUCGAUCUUAUCCAGCGAGCCGCAAAGGCAGGCGCAAAAGUAAUCUUCCUGCCCGAGGCGACAGACUUCAUCUCCUCGCCAGAUCGGGUUGGCGAGCUCACCUACUGCAAAGACAAUCGCAUCUUUGUUGAUCGAAUGCUGCAAGCUGCCAAGGAGAACAACGUCUUUGUGUCUGUGGGCAUUCACGAGCCGGCCGAAGAGGAAGAGGCAAAGAGGGCCGAGGAGAGGAGAUGCUAUAAUACUCAGCUGCUGAUUAAUGACAAGGGAGACGACGUCGGAAGAUACAGGAAGACACAUAUGUUUGAUGUCGAGGUCGCAGAUUUGAAGAUCAAGGAGAGCAACACCACCGUCCCUGGUCGCUCCCUCCUCCCCCCGGUGCCAACCCCGAUCGGCAAUCUGGGCCCGCUGAUCUGCUACGACGUCCGCUUCCCGGAGCCUGCUCUGCAUCUACGCACGCUCGGAGCGCAGGUCAUCAGCUACCCCUCAGCCUUUGUGGUCAGAACAGGACCAGCACACUGGGAGCCGCUGCUGCGGGCGCGAGCCAUAGAGACACAGUGUUGGAUCAUGGCUUCGGCACAGGUCGGCAAGCACCCGGGGACGGACAGGGUCAGCUGGGGUCACGCGAUGAUCGUCGAUGCCUUUGGGAGCGUCGUCGCCCAGUGCGGAGACUUGCAACCUCAUAGGCCGUGCUUCGCUGUGGCAGAGGUAGAUCUCGACAAUCUCGACAACCUGCGCAAGCACAUGCCCCUCUGGGAGCAGCGACGCAAUGAUGGGCCUGACGCUCUCUACCCUGUCAUCUGAUGAGAGACGACGUCAAGACAUAGAUUGAUACCUCAUAGGUUCGCCCCAUCUCGUACCGCUACUAUCGGUCAAGACAAUCGUCCGUUCUUUGUUCUAAUGUGUCGCAGUCGCACAAUUGAUGAUUCCAGAAUAGUCUCUGGGAUCGCACACGCUCAACGUUGAUUGA